UAAUUUUCACCCACCUUUUUAAAUUUUAAGAAAUUUUAUAGUAGGUUGAUUUCAAUUCAAUUCGUCCUCUUCUAUUUUAAAUCAUUUGUAAUUAUAACAGAAUCAUCAAAUUCAAUUGCUGGGUCUGACGCCAUGAAUUUCGUCAAAUCCAUAAUCUCAGACGGUCAGGAAGCUCCCACUUCCGAAUCCGACCCGGAUUCUUCCGGCGGGACGAGCAACCCCAACGACGCCGCCGAUGCCUGGAGUUUUGGGGGUUUUAUCAGAUCUGUCUCCAUGCAAUCCGAAUCCGUGAUCGAGUCGUACCGCAAAGAUCUCCAGGAAUUCGGGUCGGGCCUGAAGAAAGAGACGGAAAUUCUCCGGGAUACGGCCAGCCGCGCCGUCAAGGACCUGCCGUCUUCGCUCGACGUGGUGCUGAAAUCCACGGUCAGUAUAAUCAACAAAGAAGCCCUAAGGCUGUCUUCCGACGGCGAGCCCGAGGCGCUGGGCGCCAACCGAGCCCUCAAUUCGGGCCGGUACAGUCGUUUCGAGGCGCAGCUGAGUGCGAUGCAGAGUGAUUUGAAUACUUUCUGCGUGGAGCCGGAGGAUGCGGCGGAUUACGGGAAGUGGAAGCUAGGGUUUGAAUUGGGCGAUUAUGAGGAUCCGAUCGAGGGCUUGAUUGGGGAAGAUGGGAUUCUGGAGGGUGCUUAUUCGAAGGCCGUUCCUAAUGUUGUUGAUCGGGAAACGUUUUGGUGUAGGUACUUUUACAGAGUGGAGAAGCUCAAGCAGCAAGAGAAAAUGAGGGCGAGUAUCGUGAAGAUGGCGGUUUCCAAUGAUGAGGAGGAGGAUUUGUCCUGGGAUGUCGAUGGUGAUGAUAAUGAUGCCGAUGAUGGUGGUGGUGGUGUAGCUAGUGAUGAGAAGUGCAAAGGCAAAACAGAGGCUGCUGUUGUUGAUGGGGAAAAGGGCAAUGUGAUUGAGUUGAGUAAGAAGAGUGGUGUGGAUGAGGGAGAAGGGGAGAGUGGAAUAGUUGAUGGAGAUGAGAAAGUUGGGGUGGAGGAGGUGGUGGUAUCGAAUCAUGAUGAUAUGGGGUGGGAUGAGCUCGGGGACGUUGGUAGUGGCGAUGAGGGGAAAACCUCAGCCGCUGGUGGUGGUGGGAGCCCGAAGAAAGAGGACAUCCGGAAGCGGUUGGUUGUGGAAGAUGAUGAUGAUGAUGAUUUGAAUUGGGGUAUUGAGGAUGAUGAUGAGCCCUUGAAAGCUUGAUCUUGAUGCCAGAUAACUGUUUAGCAAUGUAAUUAUGAAUUUGCAGAUGGCUAGUGGAAUUCAGUAAAGGCUUCUGCUUCAAGUAUAUAUCAUUAAACUGAUUAUUGAUAUCAUCAUUUCUCAUUGUUUGCAUUUCUUUGUGAAUGAAUGUAAUGAACCUAUUGGUUUCCAUUUGUGGUGAAGUUUCACUCUUUUCAGUUCAUGAUCUAUUAAUGGAUUACGCUCUGGUAUCAGUGUUUCCAUGGA